UUCCAGGUGGUUGAGUUUACAACCUGAGGAACACACUUUAAAAGUUUCCUUCCAGACCCCCUGCAGGUUCCCUUUUUUGAGUCUACAGUUGGGAGUUAUUUUCCAGAAGAAGAGAGCACACAGUGACACUGCCCUGGGAGCUCCCCGUGCGAGCCAGUGGGAAGUUUGGACAGUUUCAUAACAUGGCCCAUUCACAAUUCCCCAUUGAAAUGUAGAGGCAGGUCACCUUCGAUGAAUGCACAAAGACACUAUUGUGGUCACAAGCGAGCUGCCUCAGUGAACACAAUUCUUUUUAUACUAAAAAAAAAAAAAAUUUUUUUUUCUUAAGAAAGCUAACAAGGAGGUGAUGGAAACAAUGACCGAAAAAUAACUUUUUCUAGAACGUGUACAUAAUGUUAAGGGACCACUGAAAUGGAAGUCCAGAAUUCCGAGGUCAUUUCAGCAGAGGCGAUGGUUACACAAUCACCCUGUUGAAAGCGAAGAUUUAGAUGGCAUUCGGAGGCCGACCCACAGUAAUUACUGGUAGUUCUUGCUGGCCUGCAGACAGGUGAGGGCUGGGCCUUCACCGUCCCCUGCAGCACUUUCCUGUAAUCUGGAUGGGCGAUCUUCAAACGUGUGCUUUCAAACCAGUCAGAUACCAUAUUCUUCUUCCUAUCUGGCCUUUCAGUUUUCUAUCGCCACAGAUACUGUCCCUGUUGUCCUGCCAGUGCUUGCAGAUUGCUCAGAAACAGUACCCUAGACCACCGGGCAGGGACAGAGAGGGUAUGUCUAGCAAUUUUUUGCUGAAGAUUUUAUCUUAAAUUUUUCUUAGAGCUUAACUGCAUUCAGGGGAAGUAAAAACACAUUUGCUUUGUUCCUGAUCUUAAAAACCAACCCUCAGAAACAACAAAAAAAGACCUCCCAAUAACUUAGAUUUCUGAAAUGAUGGGGUUUUUUUCCCCCCUCUUCUUAAUCACGUAUCUUUAGAGACCGAUGAAAGAAAGAUAAUGCUUGACUAUUAGAAAUAAUAUUUUAAACCUGUUGAAAUCUCUGCCUAGUAUAUGAAAACAGCUGACUUCGGGAGAGUAAAAAGCUGAGAAGGGCUGAUCGGACCCUGUCCUCCUUUGUCACUGAAACAUUAACUGUCUGCAUUCCUUUUUACGUGAAAAAAAAUGAAUCAUCAACAUUUGCAGAGUAUUUUUUUAGACCCUUAGCUUUAAAAAAAACAAAAAAUAAACCCUGUGCCUUACAUAUUGUUUACAUUCAGUUGCUGCUGACAAUACUAAUAGAUGGCGUUGUACAAACGUUCACAUACUGAGCACCUGCUAACGUUCAGGUGGUGAUAAUUAAUGAUUGGGGUGCAGCCUCUUUCCUGAGCUCACAGUCUUGUAGGGGGUGACGGAUUUGACCCUGAAACAAAACUCUGACCUGUGUGCCCCUCCCCCAGCACAGCACCCAUCUCACUCGUCUUGUGUCACCCACAGUCCUCAGCACGGCACCCAGCUCUCGGUUUGUGCGAAAAUACUUGCCAAGAGGAUGAGAAAGCGUUAGAAAGUGUAUGUACACGUCGCACAAGGGGCCAGUGUGACACGGAGACUUGACAAGUGACGUCCUCACCUUAUUCUAAGCAAACAUGCGUAUCUGAAGACAGGGCAGACGUGGAUGCUAAUAACGAAUACACCGUGGUAAUGAAUACGGAAAAUGGGGACUGGGGACUCCAGACACAUCUGACAAGGGGGCGGAGGGGUCUGAAGGUGAGGAACUGCUGGGUUAAGAAAACUGUAAUCCAUGCCUCGCAGCUAGGCAGGACAGACGUAAAUUACUAGGCAGUUCACAGGGGAGAAUGUGGAGAAUGCAGUCUUCAGUUUGCCUUUAAAAGGGAGGAGGACGCUAUCCAGGUCUCUGCCGAAGCCGCCAUGCAGAACUCGAUUUCCACGGGAGAAUGGAAAUGAGUAUCUUCAUAUGUAACGAGUUCUUUUUUCUCGCAAAAGUAGUUACUGGAGAAUUUGUCUUCCCGGGGCCCACAUCCGAAAUACGGAAUCCAAGUAAAUGCUGGACUUGUGGGGUUGGUCAUCAGGGGCCGAGUGUAGACUCUCCUGCUUCAUCUAAGCGUUGGGUCUUAGAGAAUAUUAGUGUUGCAGAUCGGAACCCAGUAAUUUCUGAAAUUACUUGUGUAGCUCGGGGGUCGGGGUGGGAUGAGCUCCACUUUCAACACAACCACACGCUGGAAGGUCCGUGUGUGUGCUCUGGCGGGUGAGGCCGCUGUGUUGUGCAACUGUCAGCGCGCAGGACCUCUGCCUCGGCUGGCGACGGUCUGUUUCCCAUUGGCUGAAAACAUCUCACAUCCUGGAUUAGUACAUACCCCCGCCCCCCAAAAAAGACUUAUAAUGUCUACAUUUACGUACCCUCGUGAAAAGUAAGAGCCAGGUAACAUAAAAAUGGAAGAACUGGGCUUCCCUGGUGGCGCAGUGGUUGAGAGUCUGCCUGCCGAUGCAGGGGACGCGGGUUCGUGCCCCGGUCCGGGAAGAUCCCGCGUGCCGCGGAGCCUGUGUGUCCGGAGCCUGUGCUCCGCAACGGGAUAGGCCACAGCAGUGAGAGACCCGCGUACCGCAAAAAAAAAAAUGGAAGAACUGAGUGGAAGUCGGUCGUGAAACGUUUCUAUUCCACAGCCCCCGAAAUUCUCUCACCGUGGCGAGUUGCGCGUGUUUCGGGAUUGUUCCCUUUACUCUCUCCUCUGUAUCCCCUCUAGGAAAUGAAAGCCACUGGCUGACCACACAUCCCUCCCUGGGCUUCACGAGUUUUAAGACUUCCCAGAAUAAGGCACAAUGUCCAUGGCCGGAGUCGCUGCUCAGGAGAUCAGAGUCCCGUUAAAAACUGGGUUUCUGCACGAUGGCCAAGCCUUGGGGAGCCUGAAGGCCUGCUGGGGGGGCCGCGGCGAGUUUGAGAACGGCUUUUUGAACAUCGACCCCAUAACCAUGGCCUACAGUCUGAACUCGACGGCGGAGCACCUAACAUCCAUAGGGCGCGCUUCCAGGUCUGCUCCGAUGAACGGCAGCCACUUUCCGGAGCACGGCCCCUCCGCCAAGUCUCGCCUGCCCCCUCUCAUCAUCCCCCCGAGUGAAGGCUGGGGGCAGCAGGAGGAGGGUCGGGUGGCGUGUGGAUUGAAGAAGCUGGCAGUGAACGGGGUCUGUGCCUCCACGCCCCCGCUCACCCCCAUCAAGACGCCCCCGUCCCUCUUCCCUGGCGUGGCCCCCUGCGAGCGGGGCUCUAGGCCCCUGCCACCCCUGCCCAUCUCCGAGGACCUCUCCCUGGACGAGACGGACUGCGAGGUCGAGUUCCUGACCAGCUCGGACACGGACUUCCUUCUAGAAGACUGCACGAUCUCCGAGUUCAGACCUGACGGCCCUGGCAGGCGCAGCUUCCGAGGGUGCGGACAGAUCAACUACGCGUAUUUCGAUACCCCGGCCGUCUCGGCCGCGGAUCUCAGCCAGGCGCACGACCAGGCUGCUGGGGGGACGAGUGCCAACCCCCCUCUGUCCCAGGCCCACCGGAGACUGAGGAGGUCUCACUCAGGCCCCGCAGGGUCUUUUAACAAGCCGGCCAUCAGGAUCUCCAGCUACGUGCACAGGGCUUCUCCCAACUCCGAUGACGACAAGCCCGAGGUGCCCCCCCGGGUCCCCAUCCCUCCCCGGCCGGCCAAGCCGGACUACAGAAGGUGGUCGGCCGAAGUCACUUCCAGCACCUACAGCGACGAGGACAGGCCCCCCAAAGUCCCGCCGAGAGAACCCUUGUCCGGGAGUAACUCCCGCACCCCGAGCCCCAAAAGUCUCCCGUCUUACCUCAACGGGGUCAUGCCCCCCACGCAGAGCUUUGCCCCUGACCCCAAGUAUGUGAGCAGCAAAGCCCUGCAGAGACAGCACAGCGAGGGGGCCGCCGGUAAGGUCCCCUGCAUCCUGCCCAUCAUUGAAAACGGGAAGAAAGUGAGCUCAACGCAUUAUUACCUGCUCCCUGAGAGGCCGCCCUACCUGGACAAAUACGAAAAGUUUUUUAGGGAAGCAGAAGAGACACACACGAGCACCCCCAUCCAGCCCCUCCCUGCCGACGGCGGUGUCUUUUCGGCCCCAGAAAAGCUGGACUCGAAACCAAGAGUGGAUCUGGCAGGCCACGUGAAGCGCAGACAUUUCUCCUACGUGGUUUCCCCUUAGACCCUGGGUCCUGGCUCAGCAGAGGUGCCGCAGCAGCCAGCGGUUCUCCUGCAGUUCUGCAGCCUGAUGGCGGUUCCCAGGAAGACGGGGCAGGUCGCAGGGUCAGAGAGUCGAACUGUCUGUCUUAAAGAGAAGGGUUUAGAGGGUCGUGAGGUGCUGCCAUGCUGAGCAUCCCUGACCGUGUUAGUGGCGGAGAAAAGUCUGCUCAAGUCUGUGAUUUAAAGAUGUGAUGCGGGAAGGAAGGAUGGGGACAUUUCUGUACGUGCUCACGUUAUGCACCCGUACCUACACUUGUGGUAAAUCUGUAGAUCCUAGUUGCAAGUUAACCAAGUAGUUGCUAUCUUAGAGUAAUAUAUAUUUAGAAUGAUAAAAACUAAAGCUGGAGGAUGGCUCCUGGCAGACUGAAAAUUGAGCACAUGGAAGAGAGAAUACAGAAUACAGUAUUGUUUAGAUCAAAAUCAUUAAAAAAAAAAAACCCAACUAUUUCUGCUUACUAAGUUGGAGGAUUUCUGGCUCGGAGGCCUGUUCUGUUUUGUCUUAUUCAUCUUUGCAAGCAGUUUUUCCAUGGAGGGCAGGGUUCGUUCUUUCCGUGAUUUAACCUGCCUCGUUCAAGUCAUCCCAAGACCUAAAUCCUUUAGGUCUUGCUUUCUGGUCUGUUGAGGGGAGGGAGGGCCACAUAUUUGGUACCGUAUUCUCACCUGUCCGUGUCUCACAUCUUGAAAAAUGGGAAGGUAACAGAAUUAGUCAGUCAUUUUUCCUUACCAUUCCUGCUGUAUUCUACCCCCACCCCCACCCCACCCCGAAACACAGGGCGCUCGGGGGGGAAAGCAAAUUAAACUCUUCGCCAGUGUUGAGGAUGUCAGUUGAAGCAAUAAUGAGACAGCAAUGCAGUUGAGAGGAUCUGUGUGGGGACGUGUGUCGUGGGUUUUUUUGUUUUGUUUGUUUCUUGUUUUUUUGUCCUGGGUUUUUUCCCUCCCCUUUUUUAGACUGUAUAAAUAAAUGAAUACAACACAAGCUGGCCUUGUGUUGCUGGUUCCUCUUCAGUAUUUCCUGGGGAUUGUUUGCUUUUUAAGUAAAACACUUCUGACCAACAGCCCAGUAUGUCUUAAGAGCAGAGGUCACCUCAGCACUGCUUUGGAAACUCUCACAGUCGGCUGCUCUGCUCGGAGAGCUCACGUUCCCAUUUUCACAAGCUUCGCUGUAUUUAUCUUGUGUAGAGCCGCACAAAGGAGAUGGUGCUCAGUGACAGAAGUACCUUACUGCGACGUUCUUCAUGUUAAACAAGCUGUUUACAGUUUAAACUGCUGAGUGAUGUUAUUUGAGUUAUUUAAAGCUUAUAUUUUAGUAUGAACUAAAUGAAGGUUAAAACAUGCUUUAGAAAAAUGCACUGAUUUCUGCAUUUAUGUGUACAGUAUUGGACAAAGGAUUUUAUUCAUUUUUGUUGCAUUAUUUUGAAUAUUGUCUUUUCAUUUUAAUAAAGUUAUAAUACUUAUUUAUGACACCGUUAAUAA